AAUACUGCCUUUGGCCACACCAUUUCAUAGAAUUUAUUCGCAAUUUUCCAAAUAGCCAUUUCCGCUAUAUAGAAAUCUUUUAAAAAUAAAAAUGUCAGAAUUGCAGGAAUUCAACAAAGCGGCAGAGGAUGUGAAGAAUCUGAACACCACGCCCGGGGAUAAUGACCUGCUCGAGCUUUACAGCCUGUACAAGCAGGCCACCGUCGGCGAUUGCAAUACAGAUAAGCCCGGUUUCCUGGACUUCAAGGGCAAGGCCAAGUGGGAGGCAUGGAACAACCGCAAGGGGCUGAGCAAUGCCGACGCCCAAACGGCCUAUAUAGCAAAGGUCAACUCCCUAAUCGCCGCCGUGGGCCUUAAAUCCUAGAUUAACUCCAUCACAACGAUAUUGAAUGCUGCAUUUUUGAAUCUCAGUGGUCGUUAAACGCACAUACACUUUGAUUUUCCAGUUUCUCGCACAAAAAAUACACUCACUCGCGUGUAACGAAA